UAACAAAAUGGGCAUCAAAGACCUGCUUCCGAAGAUAAAGUCGAUCCAACAAAAGGUGCAUAUAAAGGAAUUCAAGGGGCAAAGAGCUGCCAUUGACUCCUACUGCUGGCUGCACCAAGGCGUCUAUGGGAUGGCCCACGAACUCAAGGACAAUCUCCAAGGCGUGGAGUACUUGGUCGAGUACUGUAUUAGCAAACUUAAGCUCCUUUUGGAUUACAACAUCAAGCCCAUUUUCGUGUUUGAUGGCGCAGAGCAUCCCAUGAAGCUUAAGACUGAAGAGAAGCGUGAGAAGAACAGAAACCGCAUCAUGGGCGAGGCCAAGAAGUUGGAAGAAGAAGGUAAAGUGAUAGAAGCUAUGAAGAAGUAUAACGAGUCAGUCAAUAUCACUCCAAGACAUGCCUAUGCCUUGAUUAUCGCACUUAAAAAGUUAGAGAUAGAGUAUAUCGUAGCUCCUUAUGAAGCCGAUGCACAGCUAGCGUAUCUUUCCCUGGCAGGAAUUGUUGACUUUAUUAUUACUGAAGACUCCGACCUUCUGCCCUUUGGAGCAAGCACUGUCUUCAUGAAGAUGGACAAGAACGGUAAAGGGUAUAGGAUUGACCUAGCUGAUUUGAAGAAGGUCGAGGAAAUUAACAUGCAAUCAUUCGAUCACACUAAUUUCCUUGAAGCAUGUAUCCUAGCCGGAUGUGAUUACUUACCAAGCGUAAAAGGUAUAGGAGUCUCUAAAGCAUUCAAGCUGAUCACUAACUCUGGUGGAGAUGUUAAAUUGGCGGUACAAAACAUGCAGAAGAACAAGAGGCUCGUGGUUCCCGAUAAGUACCUUGAGACAUUCGAUAAGGCCUUCCUCACCUUCCAAUAUCAAGUUGUUUACUGCCCGAUUGAGAAAAAGCUGAGGUACUUAAGAGACCCUGAGGACUCAUUACACUCUAAAAGUUUGAAGGAUCAUGAAGACCUAGAUUUCUUAGGCGAAAUCUACGAAGAAGAGCUUACCCAAAGAGUCGUGGCUGGAGACAUUGACCCUAUCACCCACGAAGAGCUCAGCCUUGACGAUGCUAUAAAGAGCGCUAUUGUUAAAAGAAUAGCGAUUAUUGGUCAGAAAAAGAGGGAAAAGAGAUCCUUAACAAAUCGUAAGCGGUACGGCUGGAGAAGGAAGAGUAAGAAGGGAUCUGCCAAUGCAUGACUAGGCAGCGAAGAAGAUGGUGUCAUUAAGAAUUAUACCAUCAGGAAGUUCUUUAAUGCUGAUUCUAACACUAAGUCUGGUAAAUAAGUAUUUUAAAAGAAAAAGCUCUAAAACUCAUGAUGAGAGAGAAGAGCAGAAAGAAGCUAAGCAUAAUAGUAUCUAUCCCACACUAGAAAGGACGUCUAAAAGACGUGAACUCAAGAAGACUACACCAGUAAAAUCAACUCCCAAGAAGGAAAUAGAAUGCGUUGAUGGCAUCAAAGAAGGAGAGUACUCAAGGUUCUUCCCUUGAUCCAAAGUUUCCUUAGGCUAAUUAAUUAAAUACUUUUGGGAGGGUCGAUCACUUGAUUGUUUCAAUA